UCUCAGAGGCCCUGUUUCAAGCAGGGUCAACAUACCCAAGGCCGCGCGGCCGCCAUGGGCAGUUUUGGUUGUGCCACCAACAUGUACAGCUGGGUUUGCUUGCUGGUAUGCCUGCUGCAUGCAGCAGCGCAUCCGUGCGACUCGGAGGUGCAGAGCGCUUGUCCCGAGCGAGCGAGUUCUGAACUUGCCAGGUGUCUCAAGGACAAAUCCGAGCAUGAGAGCCCCACGGAUAUCUCAUCGGAGUGCGCAGACUUCAUCGCGCUGAAUGCAGCAUGCGCAGAUGACAUCGUCAAGUCCUGUGAUGAGGCCUUCUUCACUGAGGAUACUGCUCUGUGCCUCUCUACAUGGACAGCGAGAGAAGACUUGACUCCAAAGUGUGCAGGGGUGCUAUCUUGGGCACUCCCAAAACAAGAGGCCGCUGGUGGAGAUGGGCCUACUGACGAGCUCGGCAUGUCUGAGAAGGACUAUGCAGAGAAGCAAGAGUGGCGGGCAAAGCGACGUGCUGGCCGCAGUGCCGCCAUCGAAAAGAUUAGGCAAGACAGGGAGCAGGAAAAGGAAUUAGAAGCUUUGAAGAAGGAGGAUCCAGUUGCCUACAAGCAGCUGAUGAAGGAGCGAGAAGAGGCGGAGAAGAGUUUCGAGGAACUCAAGAAGCGGCGCCGACUCAUUGCUGCUGCAGAGGAGCGCAAGCGGAGAAAGGAGUUGGGACUACCAGAACUGGAGGCAAGUUCUGAGGAAGAGGAGGAGGCAAGAAGACAGAAAAGGAUUGAGGAGAGACUAGAGGUCAUUAGAGAAGCAAAGAAAAAAGAAAGAGUGAAUUGGCUGCCCUACGUGCUUGGUGGACUUUUUGUUGCCUACAUUUUUUUCAACGUCCUGAACAUGUUUGGUGGGAAAAAGAAGGAUGACAAUGAUGAGGAUGACAAAGACGAUUGACCAUGCGCAGUUGAUGGUCAAAA